UAAAAAUGGCGGCACCCAGCACUGCUGGUAGUGAUUCGAUAACAACAGAAAAGGAUCCUGUUUCACAACCACAACAAGGGGAACAAGACGCUAAUACACAGUCAAAUAAUUCAGAUGUUCCCAAAGUUGCACAGUCAUUUGAUGAGUUUUAUUCAGAGGUGAAGGCUAUAGAAGAACGAGAUUCAGUUUUGACUUCCAAGCAGCAAAUAGAUCGUUUGAAUCGGCCAGGCUCGACAUAUUUUAACCUAAACCCUUUUGAUGUACUACAAAUAGAUCCAGAUAUUCCAUUUGUAGAUAUUAAGAAAAAAUACAGACAGAUGUCUAUACUGGUCCAUCCUGAUAAAAAUCAAGAUAAUGUUGAAAGAUCUCAAAAAGCUUUUGAAGCUGUGAAUAAGGCUUACAAAACUUUGGAGAAUGAGGAAGGGUACAAAAGGUGCAAGGAGAUUGUGGAUGAGGCUAUCAUUCGUACUGAUGAAAUGAUUAAGCAAAAGAAAAAACAGUUGAAAAAAGAAGGAAAGCAUCAAGAUAUGCCUGAAGAUGACAUUACUAAAUACAAGCAUUCUGUGUAUGUCCAGGUGUGUAAAUUAUUUGCUGACCUUGAAAGACUACGUCAGGAGCGAGAAGCAAAGGCGAUGCAUGAAAGAAAAAGAAAAGCUGAAGAAGAAGCUAAUGAGGAUGAAAGAAAAAAGACAGAAAAAAUUUGGCAGCACAAUUACGAGGAAAGCCGCACAGAUCGAGUGGAUAGUUGGCGAACUUGGAAAGGAGCCAAAGGCAAGAAGUCUAGGGGAGCAUUUCGACCACCAAAGGCAAAACCAGAAACUCGCUGACAUUUGGAGUUUGACAGGAUUAAGAUUGUGUUCUACAAGUCGGUGGAAAUGUCAGUGGAACAUGGACUGCCACUUUGUGAACUAGUGGAUCAUUGUAACACUCUUUGUUAUACAGAUAAAGAGGUGUUAUCAGGCUUCAUAUUUAUUUUUUAAAAGCAUGAGAAAUUACAUUUUGCUCUCUAGAAAAUCCUUAAAAGGUGAGAAAAAAUAAAAUAAAUAUGUAACAUCCUGGAAAAAAUUCUGGAUUAUCGCUCAUCGAUUGUAUAAUAUAACACAGGGCUAGCUCUGGGUAAGCAGGAAAUUUCACUAAAUUAUCUUAUAAACUUCAAAAAUAGCAGAAACCCACUUAUUUUGUAUCAAUUAUUGCAUAAAAUUAUUUCGCAAAAUUAAAAUUAAAAUAUUGCCCCUUUUUUCUUUUCUUUUUCACAGUCUGUAAAUGUGACGGAUGUUUGAGCUAGCCCUGCAUAUACAUUAAAUUUGGCAGUAAGAAUUAAUACAUAGGGAGUCCACAACCCAUAAAGGGCAUUGACAGUAUAUCCUUAAAGUAUUUCAUCUGUUAUGAAUACGCGAUACAUGUGAAAGAAAUAUUUUUUUGGAAACCGACCAACUCAUGAAUACUACUGGGUUUUUUGUUUUUCAAAUAUCUAGAAGAAUACUUGAAAGUAUGGGAUGUACUGUAACACUGUGUUGUCAGUUUUUGAAAAUAAUUUUAUUAGUCGUGAAUAUCUUGAAAACAAUGAGGCUGGACAUUUAUCUUUAGGUUACAUGAAUGACUUAACAGAAUUUUAAAGAAAAACCUUUUAACAUGAAUAUCUGCAAUACUACAUGAGCUUAACAUGAUGAUAAAUCAGUGUGUUGCAGAUCACUGCGAUCUUCUUUUUGCAAGUUAACCCAAAUCAUUUCCAGCAGGAAUUAUAGUUAAUAAAGUUAUUAGUCCCCUACAUGUCCAACUGGGGGGGGGGUCAUGUUUCAUCUCUGUCCAUUUGUCUCACAUAUAGUUUUCCUUACUUUGUUUAUACAAUGCCUCGAGAUAUUGAGCUGAAAUUUUGUAUAUAGCUUUAUCAUGUACUGAUACCAAUAUAGUUUAACUUCCAUGGCAAUUUACUCAUUUUUGACAGUUAUGACACUUGAACUUAGGAGAUAUGAAACUGUUUUCUAGACUUUUGUUUGUUUGCAUUGCCUGAAGAUAUUGAGCGUUAUUAUGUAUUUACAGAUCAAAUCUGAACUAAGGAUAUGGACCAUUCUCCCUAUUUUGGGACAAAGCGAUGUGCAGUUUCCAAAAAAUAGAUCAAAUCUGAACUAAGGAUAUGGACCAUUCUCCCUAUUUUGGGACAAAGCGAUGUGCAGUUUCCAAAAAAUAAUUUUGUUUUAGUUGACUUCAAUUAAUUUUUUCUAGUAAAGUAGAUAUACUGCAGAAAAUGGGCAGAAUUAAAAAAUUUCAUCCCUACCCCUUAGAUCUGUUACUGAAAUGUCAUUGAAAAUUUCCCUAUGUCACGAACAAGUUUAUUAUGCAAGAUGAUGUCAAAUAGUGUCAUCAUUCAAAUUUAAAACAGUUAUGUGAGCAUUUGGAUGUGAUUACCUUUUUGUCUAGACAACUUUCACUCUUACCAAAAUAAUACACGAAGAGAAAAUAUUAUGUUAAAGUUGAAAAAUAUAAAUGUAAUACAUUGUUCAGGCCAUCAGAUAUAUUAUAUAAAAAAUUACAGUUAGUUUUAUGUUACUGUUUAUGAUGCCAAAACGGGUAACACAACGUCCUGUCAUGAAUCUUAAUAUCACAGACGAAAACCAGUGAUUGAUCAUUUUCUAUAUUAUACGUGUUAACUGGUAAAAUCAUCAAACAUGGAAUACUUAAAUACUGGCCAGUUGCAUACCCUAACCCAUAACGUAAUAAACUUUAUGCAAGCGCAGAAAAAUUAAUUUAGCUUAUCACUACUAUUGUUCUUGUACAUAAUGACAAUUUCUUUUUCUCUUUAUUAAUAUCUAAAGUAAUAACUAAAAUACAGUAUGAAUGUACCUAGUAACAGUAACUAGUUGACAACAUAAUGGGGAUAACGUAAUAAACAACAUUUUUAUGUACAUUGUAAUUUGACAAAAAACACCCACAAAAACUAUCAGAUUGUAGAAUACAUACAGAAAUCUCUGUUUAUGACAUUCUAUCUUUUUCAUACAAAAAAAUACAGUGAUUGUAAUAAAACUGUAUUAAUAGUUAUUUAUUUAGCUAUAUCAUAUUGAUACUUUGUGCUGUGGACAUGCCUUUUUCAGCACUUCAGGCACUGUGGAAGCAACUAGACAUUGGGGGAGCUGACUGAGAUCGAGGGUGCAAAGCGCCCAAGUUUCUUGGGGUUUCGGGGUAUGCCUUAAGAUUUACUACCAAUAAUAUAUUUGAUUCAGAAUUAUUGAGGGGCUAGUCUCUCUCCUCCCCCCCCCAGCCCCUCUGCUCCGCCGUACCUGCACUUUUAAGGAUCAGAUAGGUCAAUAAUAAACGUCAUGGAUAUACAAAGCUAUAUGUCCAUGUACGACGUGGCAAACUCUUUUAUCAUUAAAAAUGUCAUAUAACAGAUGAAACCCAGAUGAAUAUUUCAGGCAUGAAAUUUCACAGUAUGUCCCAAACUAGGGAGAAUGGCCGGUGUAUAAAAAUUUGUUUUGCUUUAGCUGUACUCUCAGAAUGCUUGUCUGCUUCAUAAUUGUAUUCUUUAUAUUAUUAUAGAGACAUAAAGAGGUGGAUACCCUAGUAAAUGGUUAUGCCAGUGUGCGAAGUGUAGACCCUAUUUACCAGUCUCAUCUGAAUGCUUUCAGUUUGAUUCAUCACGGCACCUUUAUAAUGUAUGCAUUUUAGACGAGAUAGAUUAACAAACUUCAUUUUGUUAUUUUGGCUUUAUUGAUGUGUUCUUACGAGGAUUCACCAGAAUUUGUGUCACUUUAAACUCAUCCACAUUUAUUUAUUUUUGUUCAGUAUACCAUCAGUAUCAACUUUUCAUGUUGAGUGAGGCAAAUGGGUUACCCAGACUAAAUACUUGUUACAGGUCUAACUUAAAACAAUCAAAUGUACAGCAAAUUUUUGGGGGUACAGUAAAUUAUACAGUCUUCUUCAGCUAGACAAACAAGGACACUUUUAAUGGUGGCCCUACAUCCAUUGUAAGGGUUUGUGGUGCCACAAUGGGAGAAUUUGAAGUGCCAAACAAUUUAGCAUAUGGUCCAAAAUUCAGUAGAUAUCCUUCCAUUUAUGUUUUCCAGCUAUCCAAUUGAGUGCAAUAGAGAAAGUAUUUUUUGGCAAAGUUCAUGUACCAUAUGGCAGUGAGUUUAUAAAUGUUCAGAUGUUUGGCCAUGGUCAAAACAAUGUGAAAUACAGAGAUUUUAACAGUUUUGUAUUUUGUCUAGUCUAGAAUAACAAGAAAAUGUUUCACAAUGUAGUACUUGUUACAUUGGUGGUACCAGGUAUUUAAAAUAUGGCCAAAAUAUGUCUUGCAAUUCUGUUAAUUUUGUUUGCAAUAAUUUAAGUAUCAGUAAAUGAAACCAUUUUAGCAAAAAACUAAACAAACACAAAAAAAAGGUUAAUUUUUUUUUUGUAAUUGUUAGAUUAGGCAUCUGACUAGUUUGUUAUGAAUAUACUUGCCAUAUUCAAUUUAUUUUAUUGUGAAUAUUUGUUUUGGUUUAGUAUAUAUAGGUGAUGUGUAAAAAAAUAUUUUCAGUCAUUGGCUCCAAAACAUCAUCUAAAUAUGUUUUGAAUUUAUGAAAGGUGAUCACUGUGUUUUUAUUUUAGAAGUGUUAAAAAGAGGACCAACUAGUACAUUAUGUUCAUAUGUGUUUAUUGUAAAUGAUUAACUAUUCUCUAGACCUCGCUGUUUAAGGGGAGAUAUCAUUUUGGUUCACCUCACUCCCAUGAUACCAGGGGCGGGACGUAGCCCAGUGGUAAAGCGUUCGCUUGAUGUGCGGUCAAUUUGGGUCCAUUGGGCAAUUUUUUGUUCCAGCCAGUGCACCAUGACUGUUAUAUCAAAGGCUGUGGUAUGU